CGUAGUUGUUUGGAGUGAUCUCCCCUUCUAUAAACACCGACCCAGUGAUGUGUACGGUGUUUUGAGCGGUCGACAAGCCCUAGUUGAACUAUGACUCUCAGACUGAUUUCAUCAAGGUGCAGCAUUUAUACAGCUGAGAAAAUCCUGAGAACGCGACAAGUGAAAAGAAAACCUUUAAGAAGUUUACUUAGAUGUAGGCCGUACUGUACGUCAUCGAGUCACGAGAUCUCGUUCCGAGAGAGACUUCAGAGCUAUGGUGAAGGCAGCGUGGAUCUCACCAAAGACGAAACUGAUGGAAUUGCCGUCAUCACCUUAAACAACCCGAAUAAGAAAAAUGCUGUAUCAGGAAAAAUGAUGCUUGAUUUCCGCAAUGUGGUUGAAGAUUUGGAAGCAUGGGAUGACGGGAAGGGUGUGAUAUUGACGGGUUCACAGGGAACCUUUUGUUCUGGAGGUGAUUUGACCACUGUCCAGAACAUCCUCACACCAGAACAGGGCUACCAGAUGGCGGACUUCAUGCAUGAAACAUUGACACGACUUCAUUGCCUACCGUUAAUCAGUAUGGCAUUGGUUCAAGGUAACGCCAUAGGAGGCGGGGCAGAACUGACAACAGCAUGUGACUUCCGUGUGAUGACCAAUACGGCGCGUAUCGGGUUUGUACAUAUGAAGAUGGGUGUGUUAACCGGAUGGGGAGGGGCGACAAGGCUUGUGAGACUGGUAGGUCGCUCACACUCCCUAGAUAUGUUGUGCUCAUCGAGACUGCUCUCUUCCCAGGAGUGUUUGAGGCAAGGUUUAGCUGAUCAUAUCAUUCCUAUACAGACACCCAAAAAGGAAAGUGUAGAGGACCACGAUGACGUCAUGAAGAUCGGUCGUGCCUGGCUAAGCCAGUAUUGUCGUGCUGACCGUCAGCUUGUGAGGGACAUGAAGACCGCGGUAUUAGGAGCCUGUGAAUUAGACUAUAUGUCUUCACUGGAAAGGGAGCGCGCUAUAUUUAAUAGGACGUGGGGAGGGCCUGCUCAUAAAAGGGCACUGGAUUUAAAUAUCAAGCAUUCCUGACCCAGAUCAUACAGUAGGAACAGCAUUGGCUGAUUUAAUAAAAUCUUCGGGGAUACAGGAAUCACAGGGACCUGAUAAUGGGUUACAGUAUUGCUAUGUUUAAACUUAAAUGGUGUGUCCAGAAUGAUAUUAGAUGUUUUAGGGGUUAAGCCCAACUCUCCGUAAAAUGCCAUCCAAGGGACGUUAUAUACAUAGCAAUUUUACCGAUAUAAACCCCUAAAACCUAUAAUAUUACUCAAUAGCUUCUAAUAUGCUUGGAGUAAUCCGACCACACUGCAGAUGUUUCAUAAAGCUUAUUUAUAGAAAUCACCAUUUUUGAUUGACUAACACCUAUGCAUGAUAAGAUUUUCAAAAGUCCUAAGAAACCUAUAUAUCUGUAACAAAUGAAUCUACAACUUAUAAAAGCAGGUAAGAAGUACGUCGAAACAUGACAACGUUCGCGGUAGGCCAUGAGAAGCACAAGAUAACACACAUGUCUACUGGAUUAUCAGAGUAACAUAUCUGUGUACCAUUUCAGGACACGCCCGUAAAUUUAUGGGUACUUACCUGUAAAUCGUAUAUAUAAACGUACGAUUUUUUUACCGUUUCCCGACGCACAGGAAAGUUAUUGGGGCCCGUAAAUUAUGACCAGAUCAUCUGUAUUUAACACCAAUUGAUACCUGGCGUAAACCACACGUAAGCUUACGUGUAGACCUAACCAAUGUAAAUAGAGAUUGCGGCCAUAUUACGUUAUUAAACAUGAAAAUCAACGGAUACAUUUAAAAUGUUCGUGUGUGUUGUGAAACGGUACUGUGAUCUUAAUGUUUUUUACUUAUGAGUCCUAUCUCUAUUCAGUGAAAUUAGCAUUGAAGUUCUUGUAUUUAUCAUAUUCAAAUUGUAGCUUGAUGUGAACUAAUAAAUAAAAUUUAAAAUGUUUUUGACAUGUAAACCAUUUUCUUUCGUAA